AGACAAUCUGUUAACAGUACUUUCGGAAGAAUCUUACUUUUCAACAUUAGCAUCAUCGUGAAGAAUGUAACUUGCAUAUGUUUCUUAAUGUCAUAGAUACUCAUUUUGACGCUUUUAUUAUUAAUUCAAAACGAUGGAUCUUCUUAUGCCAUGUCGAACUACCCAAUUGCCAAGAAAUUGAAGCGUUUAGCGUUCACCGAUUACCUUAAACCUUGAACCUUUUAUAAUAAAACUGAAAGAAAUGGAUAUCAAACCAACACCUCAACUCAGUACUAAUGAUUUUAAUGAAAUAACCGAAACUGAUUCUAAAUUGCCUGAUAUUUGCAUCAAAAGAAGCAGUAGUAACGAAGAUGACAUGCAACAAGAAGAAGAAAUUUCAAGCGGAUACAACUCAAAUUUAACUCUAGAUGAGCAGGAAGAAACACAAGAUUCCCUUUUUACUAAUCAAAAGGACUUCAACAGAAGAAGUAUAGUAAGUGGAGCUAGGAUAUCCGAUGGCGAUAGUGCAAUUAGUUUAACAAUUGAAGAUCAAAAUCAAAUACCUACAACUCAGGAUACGUUGUUAGAACAGAACGCUGGUACUGAUAACAAUAACAAACAUUCAUUAUCAAUUCAAAAGACAUGGCGCUGUUUAUUACUGUCUAUGACUAUUAAUGCUUUGUUCAUCGUGUCCAUUAUAAUAAUUGUUGUCUGCAGUUUAUUCUUUAAAACAGUCAAUACAGAAAAAUCAUCACCACCAUCCUUAUGUGUUCUGGAAAGUCUCAAAACCCCAUUGUGUUCAAAUUCUUCAUCAGCACAUCUUCAGUAUUUAGUUCACGUGAUGCAAAUUAAGGCAAAUCAAAGUCUACACUCAGGAGCUGCACAAACCUUCAUUUCAUUUCAUAGCAAUAAAGGUGAUGGCAAAAAGGACAUUAUUCCUAGCGCUUUGAUGACAAGUACAAAAUCAACACACCGUCUUGAAACAAGAAAAGAAGUUUUGUUAUUUAAAAACAACAAAAUAAUUAUCCGAAAAUCAAGCACAUACUUUGUGUCCGUCCAGUUGCUGUUCAAACGAGAGUCCAGGUUGAAUCACACUAUUCAAGCCAAUGUCGAAGUGAAACUAACAAAGAAAAACAGUCUAGGAAUUGACAACGUUACCCUUUUGUCAAAAACACUACCAAUUUGUAAUGGAAGUCAAACUCUUCAAACCGUUCGAAUAGUAGAAAGUUUUAAAUUGAAGGAAGAUGAUGAAAUAAGCAUAUUGGUGUCAAAACCUGAUUUGGUCUACAAAUGUCCCACUUGUAAUAUGGUAACAGUAAUUGAAAUCAAAUAAAAUUGGUACUAAAUGGGAAACUUUUAAAAAUUAUAUGAAGCAUACAAUUGCAGAGUUAAAAUGUGCUUUCAAACUAUAUCUGUGCCAUAUUUCUAGUCAAAAAUAAUGUUAAUUUUUAGUAUACUUCAUAUACCAAGAUAUUGAAUGCAUUUAUUAUUUUAUUGUUUUAUACUUAUAUUAAAAGUAAAAUCACAAAAAUACAACUGGAAAGUCCAUAAUAUAUGUUUAUUUUGCUCGGUUAGAUUGAACUAGCCUUCAUAUAUGCCUUUUCAUUAUAACCAUCGUUAUAAAAACAAUAAUUUCUGUAUUUUGAUAGGGGAACCAUUCAAAUUCGGUUUACAUUGUUGUUCAAUCACAGAAGUAUCAACUACUGAUUUUACAAAAAAAAAAUCGAGAAAAAAUUCUCGUUGGACAGUAUAUCUUUACAAUUAACUUUUAUCAUACGAUUUUUUGUGAAAAGAGGCACUGGAAAUGCACAAUUUGUAAGUAAACAAGCCUUCUUUGAUGGCAGCUUUUAUAUCUAUAAAUGGCAUUUUUCAUGGUAUGGUGUUUUUUUUAUAUAAAUUUUAUUUAUUGUUAAUGUUAUGUAAGUUUUUAGAGUAUUUGUAGUGUAUUCAUUGCUAAAUUUGUUGAACAAACAAAUUUUGGUUUCCUUCAAAAGGUUAUUGAAAAUUAAAUGUUGGAAAUAUUUAUUUUUAAAUUUGUACAACUGUUACGAUGUAUACAUACGAUUGGUCGCAAAAGGAAUUAAACAUUACUUAUAUUGUAUUACCAUUUUAAAACUACAUGAUGUACGAAAAAGAAGUGAAUCAUAGGAAAUAUUCCUUCUAUAUUUAUGUAACUUUUCAAGGUAUCAUGACAUCAUACUGAUAUCUUAAGUCCAAAAGUGUUUUUGAGGAUAAGAAAAAAAUUGAAUGAUCUAAUAUCAAAAGGUGAUAUCUUCCUAGUUGACGUCAUUCAUAUGAAACAGAAAUAAUUAUUUCGUAUGAACCUAUAGAAUUGCAGAGAUUUAAAUUAGUUACAAUGCAUUUUUGUUUUGUUAUCUGCUUGUGAAUAUAGCUAUAUAGUUACGCUUUAUAAAUUUGAAAUAAGAUUCAAACAUAAAGUUUAUAUCUUUAUUUUAUGACUUUAUGACAAAUCAAUGAUCCGUCCUAUCAAUUAAAUCCAUAUGCCAUGACAACGAAAAAUGUCCUAGGAUGUGUUCAAAGAUACGUCUUAGUACAUCAUAUAGGGUGAUCUCCUAUAGGAAGUGUCUGCAACAUGUCUAUAAAGGCUUUUUAGGGCAGUUCUUAUUAUGAUUGUCCUAUGACAAUCAUAACAUAUUUAUUUAAUUAAUAAAAAUAUGUAAAGAAGUAUUAUUGUUAUUACUGAAUUUUAUACUGUAUGUUGUAAUAUAUGUAUAUAGUGCAGGACAUUAUUGUAAACUAGUCUGUAGUCUAAAUGUGUUAUCCUGAUAAAAUAAAGAAAAUCAUUCUUAUUAUUAAAUUCUGCUUGCCAAAUAGUAUAAGCAUAGGGAAUUUAAUUCAACAAGCUAUCAAAUGUGAAGGCGAGUAAUAAAAUAUU